UUAUUUUAUCAGUUUGGCGAGUCCUUGUCAAAAUAUGAAGUAAAAAAAGAUACGGCUACUCCUUGAAUGUCUUAACCGUCAGAAGGUGUCGUGAACGCCUCCGAAGGUCGCUAAACGCGUAUUUACGGUAAUUCGGACAUGACAUCGAAUAGUGAGUGAGUGUGGCUGUUUUCCGCAUUCCCCAACCGUCUGUCAGUCACAGGGCCGAGCUCACGCUGUGGAGGACGGCCGCCGGGAGCAGGAGCGCGCAGGGACACAUCCAUGGGAUAGAAGACGACGGUUCGUGGGAACAUCCGACCAGGAAGCCGAGCAGCCGCACUGGUGCGUACCUUCUGCGUUACAGGCUCUGCUGCUGAGGCUACUUCUACAUUGAUGUCGAUGGUCCAGCUUUGGUGUAUGUAGAGUUUGGAGGAUCAUGAACAACUUGAAGUUGACUGUUAAACAGCCAGGAAUGGACUAACCAAGGAGCAGGUGGAUCUAAGCGAAGCAAAUCAACAUGGCAGUCUUCAAGCCUGAAAAUGUGGAGGACCUUUAUGAGAUUGGUGAAGUUCUGGGAAGUGGGCAUUUUGGCCAGGUUCGUCAGGUUCGUGAGCGGGCCACUGGGACUUGUUGGGCGGGGAAGUUCCUGAAGAUCCGGAAGGGCGCGUGCAGCCGCCUGGGCCUGGAGAGGAGCAGCGUAGAGCAGGAGGUGGAGAUCCUCCAGGCUGUUCAACAUCCAAACAUUGUGACUCUCAAAGACGUUUUUGAGAGUCGAGCUGAAGUGGUGCUGAUUCUGGAGCUCAUUAAUGGAGGGGAGUUGUUUGACUUCAUUGCUGCAAAGGAUAACCUGCUGGAGAGUGAGGCCAUUGAGUUCAUGAAGCAGAUCCUGGAGGGACUGGGAUUCAUGCACAGCAAGAACAUUGCCCACUUUGACCUCAAGCCAGAAAACAUCAUGCUGGCAGACAAAGUGUCACCACAGCACAACGUCAAACUCAUCGACUUUGGCCUGGCCCACCAUUUUAAUCAGGGGGAGGAGUACAGGAGCACAAGUGGGACCCCACAGUACAUUGCCCCUGAGGUGAUCAACUGUGAACCUCUGAGCACAGCUGCAGAUAUGUGGAGCAUCGGAGUUAUUACCUACAUACUAUUGAGCGGGAUGUCACCAUUCCAAGGUGAGACCAAUCAAGAGACUCUGGGGAACAUAAUCGCCAUGAAGUACGAGUUUGAUCCACAGUAUUUCAGCAUGACCAGCUCCAUGGCCAAAGACUUCAUCCAGAAACUCUUGGUGAAAGAUCCCAAUGAUAGAAUGACAGCUGAGGAGUGUCUGCUUCAUCCAUGGAUUAAGCCCAUCACACGCACACAGCUGGCCAAAAGAAACCGAUCCUCAAUCAAUAUGAAGAACUUUAAGAAGUUCAAUGCCAGACGGAAAUGGAAGAUGUCCUACAACAUGGUGUGGAUAUGUAACCGGCUGGUCCAUUUGAAACUGCUGAAGGGGAGCUCAGAUCCAGAUACAGUGCAGAGACAAUGUGAGAGCGAUGUAGAGGACACUGAAACCAAGCCUGCCUCCUUGCUGCGUCGAAGACUCAGCAGCAGUUCAUAGAGCUGACCAGAGGAGGGCAGAAGAGUCCAGGAUCCAGGUCCAGGCUGGAGCUGAGGAUCGCUGAGGGGAAACAUUUUCUGUUAUCCUGUUAAAGUGAAAUAGACGACUAAAUGUUGUGAAAUGUUACAGACUGUCUCAGAUGUGGCUGGGAUGGUAGUAUCAAACAAGUACUGCCUCAUCUGAUGAAAGACUUUCAGAAGAUAAAGUACUUUCUUUUAAAGUUCAGCUCUUUGUCCCUGUGGGCAUAUGCCUUUAAUGAUGCUUGAUUUGAAGGAUAGAAUGUAUUAGGGUGGUUACUGGUUUGGGGAAACUCUUUGAUAAAACAAUGUGCAUAGAGAAACUUUGGGUAGAACUAUAUUUCCUCUACAGAAAAUGUAAUUUUAUGUCUUCCAUGACUUUUACAAAUGCAAAUAUUUAUGCUUGUUUAAAAUGUUGUACUGUGAUGACUAAUACUACUAAACAACACAUGUAAACAUAAGGAACCAAAAAAAUAGUAUGCAAAGUUGUUUCACUAAAGUUGUUUAGCUAAAAGGAAAACUAUGGUGUAUUAGUACUUAAAGCUGCAGUAGGUAAUUUUUUUAUAAAAAUAAUUUUGUUCUAUGUUCUAUAAUGUUCUAAUAUAAUUAUCUAAUGUUCUAUCUUGACAGUAGGACACGAGACAGAUAAUUUGUGAAAAAAUCAAGUUCUUCUGGCUUGUUCUAGCGCUUCCCGGCUCUGAUUGGUUGUUUUCGUUCAGGCCUGGUGGAUUCUUGCAGAUACCACGAGGGGCACUAGGAGGAACCAGAGGAACCUGAUUCUUUUUUUAAAGUUUCAGCAAAUAUGACAAAAAGUUAUUUUAUGAAAACUACCUACCAUGUUUCUUGCUCUGUUUUACCUAUUUUUGGCGGUGUCGCCAUGUUCCCACAUGGACGACUUUGGUGAGCACAAUGUUAUCAUAUGUGAAGUCCAUGAUUUUGUUGAUUGAGCCUGAUAUCACCCCAAAGUCCCAACAAAAAUCCACUCUUGAUUGGUGACAAGACAAUACCACCUUAAGGUCCAUUUAGUAGCUAUGCAUGAGCUUUCAACUGUAUCACUCCUCAUUAGUAGCUUGCUCAGUUACCAUGAAAAUGUAGAAACCAUCAGUUCUGAAGAGUUCUGAGAACCUCUAGGACUUCUAGUCCAUGUUGACUUAAAAGUUAAGUUCGAGACCGAUCCUCAUGAGGACCAUGUUGGGAUGAGUGAGUCCACUGUUAUCUGUAUACUGUAGGCCUUUUUUGUGUUUGGAAACAAUGACGACGUAUUUUGUGGGCAGAGCCUAAGUGGUGGCAGAAAAAGACAAUCCUGCAGUAGUGUUAGGCUAACUGCAGCACUUCCACCAUCCUACACAAAGCAGUGACAUGACACACACAAGACAAAUACAGGUACUACUUGGAAAAUUAGAAUAUCCUGAAAAAGUGCAUGUAUUUCUGUAACUCAACUUUAAAGGUGAAAUUUACAUAUUAUAUAGACAAAUAGUAUGCGAAUCAAUAUAUUUCAAGCUUUUAUUUGUUUUGAUUUUGCUGAUUAGGACUUGCAGCUUCAGAAAACCUCAAAUUCAAAAACUCAGAAAAUUAGAAUACUGCUUGAAAUCAAUAACAAAAAAAAAAGGAUUUUAAAUACAAAAAUGUCAGGCCUCUGAAUGUAAAAUCUUGCAUCUGUACUUAGUACUUGGUUGGGGCCCCUUUUGCACGAAUGACUGCCUUAAUCCGGCGUGGCAUGGAUGCUACCAUCUUGUGGCAUAUCUCAGGUGUUAUGGAAGACCAACAUGCUUCAAUCGCGGCCUUGAGCUCUUCUUUAUUGUUUGGUCUCUUCCCGUUCAGCUUUCUCUUGGCAAUGCCCCACAGAUUUUCUAUGGGGUUCAGGUCAGGUGAGUUUGCGGGCCAGUCAAGCACCGUAAUCCCAUGGUUGUUGAACCAGGAUUUUGUACUUUUGGCAGUGUGGGCAGGUGCCAAGUCCUGCUGGAAGAUGAAGUCCGCAUCCCCAUAAAGCUGGUCCACUGAAGCAAGCAUGAAGUGCUCUAAAAUGUCCUGGUAGACAGCUGGACUUGAUAAAGCACAGAGGACCAACACCAGCAGCUGACAUGGAUUCCCAAGUCAUCACAGACUGGGGAAACUUAACACUGGACUUCAUGCAUCUUCCAUUUUGCGCCUCUCCGGUCUUCCUCCAGACUCUGGGACCUUUGUUGCCAAAUGAGAUGCAAAACUUGCUCUCAUCAGAAAAGAGGACUUUGGGCCACUGGCCAACAGUCCAGUCUUUCUUCUCUCUAGCCCAGCUAAGGCGCCUCUGGCUAAGCUCUUGCUCGUGAGGAGCGGCUUGACAACAGGAAAUUCGACAUUUCUCUUGAAGCAGCAACUCCAGCCUGAGUCCACUCCUUAUGAAGUUCCCCCACACUUUUGAAUGGCCCUUUCCUGACCAUCCUCUCCAGGCUGCGGUCAUCCCUCCGGCUUGUACACCGUUUCCUUCCACACUUCUGCCUUCCACUUAACUGUCCAUUAAUGUGCUUUGAGACAGCACUCUGAGAACACCCAGCUUCUUUUGCUAUCACUUUUUGUGUCUUACCCACCUUGUGCAGGGAGUCAAUGAUGGUUUUCUGCACCACUGUGAGAUCAGCAGUCUUCCCCAUGAUUGUGAAUUCUUCUAAACCAAACCAGACACACCAAACAGACUUUUUAAAGGCUCAGGACCCUUUUGCAGGUGUUUUGGAUUACUUACCUGAUUAGUGUGUGACACUUUGAGCCUACAAUACUGAAGCUUUUCACAGUAUUCUAAUUUUCUGAGUUUUUGGUUUUGAGGUUUUAAUAAGCUGUAAAUCAUAAUCAGCAAAAUUACAACAAAGAAAUGCUUGAGAUAUCUCACUUUGCAUGUAAUGAGUCUAUAGAAUGUAUUGGUUUCACCUUUUAUUUUGAAUUGCCUGAAUAAAACAACUUUUACACGAUAUUCUAAUUUUCCAAGUAGUACCUGUAAGUUGCAAUCAUUUUAAGAAUGCCUUACUAUAUCUGUAAUGUUCUUACACAAUGAAGGACGCUACCUUGCAUCACUCUUGGCUCGUAGAAAGCAAUUGUUAGCUUUGUAUCGUAACAUCAUUUUUUGUUGUCUAAAAUAAACACCAUAAUACAUAAGUUAUUAUCAUAGAUCACGUUAGCUGGGGAAGUAGUUUGGCAAGCCACUUAUCCACUCAAACUAACAUAUCCACUCAGACAGUAAUGUGCUAGUGAUAACAUUAGCAAGGAAGCCAGCUAGCUGUAGCCAGCUAGCUGUAGCGAGCAAGCAAAUGUUGGCUAACUAACUAACAGAUAUUAUCCAGUGGCGAAUAACGUUCUUCAGUGUGGCUGGGUUACUAGCAAUCACUAGCAAGAGCAGAGUGGAUAUGUUAGAUGGCUAACAUUAUUAUUCCUAGAAUACAGAUAUUGACACAUUUGAGUGUGACGAUACACAUACUCAUAGAGAGUACAUUAUCUGUAAUGGAUACUGCUUUCAGCCGAGUUCUCACUCAACCCCAGUUUUGGAAACUGCUGUUUUCAAGCUCAAAGAUGAAGUGUCAGCUAAAAUCCGCUGAUGUUUAAGACAUCAGCAGUUAGAUGGGAGGAAUUGUGGGGUUUUGAGGGUGCUAUGAGUGCAUCAGUGAGUGUGUUUUAGUCUCUACUAUAGUUCAUACUGCAGGAGGUACUAUAUUUGAAUAAGUACUGUACAUUUCCAACAAUGUCUAUCCUUUGUGUUCUCAUGUAUUUUAUUACUUGUCUGAUUAUGUAUCAUUUUGAAAUGAAGCAAUCAUACAUGUUAUAAAUAACCUCAACACCUAUACAUAUGAUAAUUUUUAUUGCCAUCUGGCUUCAUCUAAGACUUGAACAAUCAUAACAGUAAGAUUUUUUAGGUAUUUUGAAAUAUUGCCAAAGCUACAACUUUGUCUCUUUUCUUGGGAAUGUUUGUUGGAAUGACCUCUAUUUGUCUGUUUAAUUUCACAUUCAGUUGAUAUAUUUGAUAAAACACAUUGCAGUAGUGCAACUAGUGACUUUGGUCACUGUAAUGAGCUAUUCUAGUCUAAAUAUAGCCUAUAUAAAAAUGUACAUACAUCACAUAAUGAAGCUGCAGUAGGUAACUUUUAUACCUACCUGUAAGAGCCAAUCAGAGCAAAGCAAGACACUUGAUUGUUGAGUUUCAUUCCCUUGUUGUCAUAUACUGAGGCUUAGGGUUGGUGGUUUUAAGAUAGUUAUUUUCUUAAAACCACUAUCUUUCUCGGCUCUGAUUGGUUGUUUUCGUUCAGGCCCGGUGGAUUCUUGCAAAUACCAUUAGGAGCACUAGGAGGAGCCGGUCUGUCAGGAUAUAGUGAAAGUUUUAGCAAAUAUGUGACAAAAAAGUUAAGUGGCCUACUGCAGCUUUUGAUGAAAUAUAAUAAAGGAUGUUUUUGAAUAAUAUCAAAGUGAGAUAUAUUCUUGCUUAUAGUACAUUAGUCUGGUGUCCUCAUUUUCUCUGCCUCCUGAUUAAUGUUGUGUUCCUCUGACCAAAGGUUAGGUCACAUCAUACCUCUGACCUACAAAAAAUGUCUAAUUCACUCAUAAAUGUGUGGUUGAUGAGGACCUUUAUGAACCAACAUAAGCUAAAUCAAUUCAUCUAAAUAUUCCCGUUUGUGUGUCAAUAACAGAACCUUAUGUAAUUGUUUUGGUAUUGUGAAAUUAUACAAAAUCCCAACAUAUCAAUGAAGGGGAACUGGAUAUAACUGAGUUUAUUAUACAAAUGUUAAACUUUAUUUAAGGAAGAGAGUCUAAAUUUCUAGGGAAUACAUUUAAUAUUUAGAUAACAGAAAUAUAAUUUAAUAGAAGAAAUUUGGGACCCUGGGAAUGAGACUUUGUCUUUACAUCUUUCUUGGCUCUGAUUGGUUGUUUUUGUUCAGGCCUGGUGGAUUCUUGCAAAUACCAUUAGGAGCACUAGGAGGAAUUAGAGGAACCUGAUUGUUUCACAGAUUAUCUGUCUCAUGUACUACUGUCAGGAUAUAGUGAAAGUUUCAGCAAUAAUGACAAAAGUUAUUUUUUUUUAUAAAAGUUACCCACUGAAGCUUGAAUCUCAAAGCAGUUUAUUACUUGCCUAAUGUGAUGUAUUUCUUGUUGGGACAGCAUGUGGUUGUGGAAGAAAUGAGUGAGACCAAUAGGUUAUUAUUUUUUGAGAAAAAGAUGGGGUGAUUUAAUGAUGUGCAGGAAGCUGGAUUUCCUGAGAACAUUUUGAUGACUUCAUUGGCUAAAUUUUCUCCGUUACAUCCACCAGAGCAUGAAUGACUGUUUUUUUCGAAGUUCGAAUCCCAAUUUCAAGGAAUCUUUAAUGCUAACAUAUUAUAGCCAUGUGAAGCACUGCAUACACAUCACUAUCCCAACUACUAGUACACCAAAUGUGUUUUGAAAGAUUAUUAUAAAAUAUGAAUAUAUAAUUAUUAUUUUCUAAUGCCUUGAAUGCCAAUGAGACAGAAAUAUAGAAGUAGUAAAAAUCAUUGUCUAUUUAUCUGUUUAUUUAAUCUUUUCCACUCCACUCCUCCCUACUGUAGACCCAUUUUGUCUUUUUUAUGGGGGGCCAUGGGGAUAUUAAGGGGGAGAUGCAGGUCAACCAUAUAUGCCACAUAAAAUGAUGUACAUCAUCUGAAAGCUGGGAUCCUGAAGAUUAAUUUUGUGUAGCUAUAAGGAAUUCUAAUCCCUGCAAUAAAUCAUCAGCAAGGUU